AAUAAACAGAACAUCCCACACUUAGCUGUCUCCAUCUCCUUCAGAUGCUCAGGGAGGGGAUCAGAUAUUACAGUGGAGUGUCUACCUUUGUACCGGGUAUGUUGAGAAGACGAAGCAGCUCAGAGGUAAGCGUAGUGAGGCACUGAGGAGCUGGGGCAGUGUGCCACUUCUGGUGUGUGAGGAUGCUUUGGAUCCCUAUCGUUUUCCUGGCUCUGCUAAUUAGCACUGAGGGGAUUGUCAAGACCUGGGACUACUCACCUGUCUUGGGUCCCAGCCUUCUGAACACCAAACGAAGGGACAAUCAGUUAGUUAGGCUUCAGCGUGACGUUCACAAUGGACAGAACAAGAUCGCGACACGUGUCUUCCAAGGGGGGGACAGUCUGUCUAUCGACACUCUACCAGAUAACCAGACACAGAUACUAGAGAACAAUCACAAAUACUACUCAUCAAGAGUGCUGGGACCAGCGGAACUGCAAGGUCAGAACCUGUUGGUGGAUUUACUGCAAGAGGACACCAAAAAGGCCACAGUGCUUACCAUUCUGUCGAGAGCACACAGGCAAGCCUCGAGAGUCGUUCUUUCCUUUGACUUCCCUUUCUAUGGGCAUCCAUUGAGGCACAUCACAAUAGCUACUGGAGGUUUCAUCUUUAUGGGCGACAUCCUUCAUAGCAUGCUGACUGCAACACAGUACAUAGCACCUCUCAUGGCAAAUUUCAACCCGAGUUACUCCAAGGAAUCUACAAUCAGGUACAGGGACAAUGGUACAUGUGUUGUGGUUCAGUGGAACCAAGUUCGUCUCCAUGACAGAGAAAAUGCUGGAAACUUUACUUUUCUAGCUGCUUUAUAUAAUGAUGGACGGAUUGUGUUUGGGUACAAAGAGAUUCCUCUACCAGUGCAAAAUAUCAGUUCGGAGCAGCACCCUGUAAAAUCCGGCCUCUCUGAUGCUUUUGUAGUUCUUGACCCUUUCUUAGAAGUCUCAGCAUCUCAGAGGCGUUCUAUCUACGAGUAUCAUCGGGUACAGGUGGACCUCGAUAGAAUUAAGAGUCAAACUGUUGUGGAAUUCACCCCUCUACCAACAUGCCUGCAGCAUACAACCUGCGACCAGUGUCUGACCUAUUCCUCUAGCCUCAACUGUAGCUGGUGCCAUGUACUACAAAGAUGUUCCAGUGGCAUUGACCGUUAUCGACAGGACUGGAUAACAUAUGGAUGUGAGAAAGAGCAAAACACGUCGUGUGAGGAAUACAUCGAUUUUUACACCCCAGCUGACACCACAAUCCAAACCACCUCAUCCAAAGAAGGCUCAUCCACACCGACACCUUCCAUAGAUCUCACUACAGAAGAUGACACAAAAAUGACGCAUGUGGGAGAUGAACCACUUGAGGAGAUUCCAAAGAAGAGUGCGUCUCAUGUGCAUUCUGGCACAAUUGUGGGCAUAAUACUGGCUGUGCUGCUAAUCACCGUCAUAAUCCUUGUUGUCAUCUAUAUAAACCAUCAUAAAGGAAAACAAGGGAGACACUGCUGUAUAGAGUAUCAUCCUCAUCACUGGGCAGUUAUGAAGUUCAACAACCAUGGUAGUCCAGGUGUGUACACUGUGGUGGACCCGACACCUGGACUUGAUAAAGAUGGCUUCAUGAAGACAGAACAAUAAGAGCCCUUGAACCCCUUCAUGUGAGGGAGAUGGAAGGGCUGGGACCUCACAAUAUGCUAAGUUCAUUACAUCCAGCUUAACAGAUGCCCAAUUACACCUUUAAAGACUAUACAAGAUGAAGAAAUUACUCUAGACUCGUUCCUAACUCCAGAAUAUAUUACUUUCUUCUCUCUGCACUCCCUGCACAGCAAUACAUCUCCAUUUCUAAUAUAAGAAGAGAUUAUACUGCAUUGUCCACAAGAGAUCUGCCCUGAAAAGUACCACAGUCUGUUAUCAACAGAAAAUUAUUCCUGGCUGUCAGAUAUCUAAAAACCAAUACAUCUCAUCAUGAAUAACCAACAUCACGCUCUUGCAUAUGCAUCAGAAGAUCAAUUUCAAAGACUUUCUCAACAUCUCGCCUAACUAUACCACUCCAGAGCUCAGCCUGCUAGUAAAAGCAUGCAUCCCAUCAUUAAACAUGUAGAAGUCAGUCUCAUACCUGCCAUAGGACUGCAAAGCUCUAUACAAUUUUACUUUAUUUUCAAAAGGUUACCUGCAAAGACAUUAUAAAUCUUGUAACCACCUUGUGACAAAGAAUGUCAACUCAUUUGCUGUGAAAAGACAACUGAGAAUAUUGCAUCUUUACAUCAGAUGUGGAGAGAUCAUGCAUUGUUAGUUCAGCAUUAAAUAUUUGUCCCACAAAAGAGAUUGCUUAAAGGGGUUGUCCGGCUUCCCUAAUAUGAGCAUUGGAGCAUUUCAUACUCGAAGCUCUCCUUUGCCCUGCGC